AUGCCAGCGCUGCCGGCCGCGCUCCGCCAGGCGGUCCUCGAGUUCGCCAUCGACACCUCGCGCCCGCUCGCGAUGGACGCGGCUACCUUGCGCCUCGUCAACCAUGCGUGGGCGGAGGCCGUCGAGAGCGUGCCGCUGCGCGUCCGCGUGCACAUCCUCUCGACAACGUCGCAGCAAGACGACCGUGUCGUGCGCCUUAGCGCCAUGUCGGCUGACCCGUUUCGAUACCCGCUUGUGGCCAAC